UGAUAUACUGAUGCACUAUUAUAACCUCAACACUGACUUUGCUUACACAGGUGAAACCAUAAUGCACACACUCUUGUCUGCCUCAGCAGAAUGAGCUCACACACUGCUGAGUUUGAAUAGGGCCGUUUGGCUUUAGGCACGCUGGGCCCCCUGUGGUCCACUGCACUGGAUGCUGCCUUAUGGUUUGUCAGUUUUUUUCCCUGAUCAUAUUGUUUUAUCAAACCUAUAAGAAUGCAUGUGAAUGUGUCUUUGGAUGUGCCAUGUUUCCCAGUUGUCCUGGCUUUGUGCUCCGUAGAGGUGAGUGUUUCCUGGCUGUGUGCAAGCGCCGGUGAGUGACUGUCCUGCAGGCCCUGGAGUACCAUGCAGCCCUGCCCUGAGCUCGGUGUGUGCCAUGUGCUUAUGCUGGUGCUGUGUCUGUGUGCGGCUGAGGAUUUUGACUGGACAAAGAACGACCACGGCUCCUUCUAUUACGGCACUUUUCCAACUGGAUUUUCGUGGGGUGCAGGCAGUUCAGCCUAUCAAACAGAAGGAGCCUGGAACAAAGAUGGAAAAGGUCUGAGCAUCUGGGAUGUGUUCACUCACAAAAAAGGCAAAAUUCAACAGAAUGAUACCGGAGAUUCCUCCUGUGAAGGCUACUACAAAAUCAAGGAUGAUGUAUCGCUGAUGAAGGAGCUGAAGCUUAACCACUACCGUUUCUCCAUCUCCUGGCCUAGGCUCAUCCCCACUGGCAUAAAGACUGACCACAUAAAUGAGAAGGGAAUACAGUUCUACAACGAGCUCAUUGACCAUCUGCUGGAGAACAGGAUCACUCCCAUUGUCACGCUGUAUCACUGGGAUCUCCCGCAGGUGUUACAAGAAAAGUAUGGCGGGUGGCAGAACAUAAGCAUGGUCAAUCAUUUCAAUGAAUUUGCUAACCUGUGCUUUGAAAAAUUUGGCAAUCAGGUGAAAUACUGGAUCACUUUCAACAAUCCAUGGUCUGUCGCUGUUGAAGGUUAUGAAACAGGUGAGCAUGCUCCUGGGCUGAAACUGAGAGGAACCGGGGCUUACAGAGCAGCUCAUCACAUAAUCAAGGCACAUGCUAAAGCUUGGCAUACUUAUGAUACGCAGUGGAAGGCCAAACAAAAAGGUCUGAUCGGCAUCUCUCUGUCCGGGGACUGGGGAGAGCCGGUGGACAUCAGCAACCAGAAAGACAUUGAGGCGGCAGAGAGAUAUCUCCAGUUUAACAUAGGCUGGUUUGCUACACCCAUCUUUCAUGGCGACUACCCUCAAGUGAUGAAAGACUUCAUCGGCAAGAAGAGUGUCCAACAGGGCCUGGGGACAUCUCGGCUGCCCAUGUUUUCCCCCCAAGAAAAGAGUUAUAUCAAGGGCACCUGUGACUUUCUAGGUGUUGGGCAUUUCACCACACGCUACAUCACCCAAAAGAAUAACCCACUGGGCCGUAGCAGCAGCAGCUACUUCAGUGAUCGGGACCUAGCGGAGCUCGUAGACCCGCGGUGGCCUGACCCUGGGUCUGAGUGGCUCUACUCUGUGCCAUGGGGUUUUAGACGCCUGCUCAAUUUUAUCAAGACACAGUAUGGAAACCCAAUGAUUUAUGUGACGGAGAACGGAGUCUCGGAGAAGAUGUUUUGCACAGAGCUGUGUGAUGACUGGAGAAUACAGUAUUAUAAAGACUACAUCAACGAGAUGCUCAAAGCAAUCAGAGACGGAGUAGAUGUGAAGGGCUAUACAGCGUGGUCACUGUUGGACAAGUUUGAGUGGGAUGAAGGCUACUCUGAGAGGUUUGGCUUGUACUACGUGGACUUCAACAACAAAAACAAGCCUCGCUAUCCAAAGGCUUCUGUUCAGUUCUACAAACGCAUCAUAAGCUCCAAUGGGUUUCCCAACCAGAGAGAGGUUGAGAACUGGAGGCGGAAGGCCACAGAGACGUGCUCGUCUAGCAACCAGCUCCUUGCUGCAGCUAGAAGAAAAUCCAAGGAAAGUGCAGAAUUGCCAAAGGUGUGGCCAGUGCAUGAUGAAGUUUAGAACUUAAGGGUACAUGUCUUCUGUUAACAUGGUUACACGGCUUCAAAUGUGACUAACAGUGCUGAGUUUCUGCAUUUUAGCACUAAUCCCUUAUAUUAUGGAUCUAAAACUACCUUGUUUAGUGUCCAGUUACUUUACACUUGUAUAAUGUGUAAUUUAUAACUACAAACAGCCUUUAUGACAUCACAGCAGCAAUCAGUGUAAAGCUUCUUAACCAGUGGGGAUAUUUCGCACAGCAAGAUCAUGAAAUUUCUUUUUAAAUAACAGAACCUUUGCCACUGCUUUGUCAUAUAACACUGAAUGGAAUUUAUUGAAAUUAUUACAUUUCAGUUUUUACCACUGACUCAAAAUUAAAAACAUUACCAAAUUCAGAAUUAUAAAGUCUGAAGCAUUAAUGCUGCUAUCUGGAAUAUCCCCCGGUACCUGCCUGUAGUUCUCAAAGGGUUACAGUGCUGUCA